GAGAGUUGAGCCGUCUACGCCACCAGCGAAAGCAGAAAAGGUUUCAAAGGUGGAAACGCCUGAGCAGAUUGUUGAACCGUCUACGCCAGAAUCCAAGGCAGAUUUAUGGGCAAAGUUUGGGACACCAGCGCGCACUCCUCGCAAAGACCUCAACUCCAACCUGCUUCGUGGGGCCAUUGUCUUUGUCGAUGUUCACACAAGCGAAGGCGCGGAUGCGAGUGGCAUCUUUGUUGAGCUGCUCACCCAGAUGGGCGCCCGGUGUCUGCAAAAAUGGAACUGGAACCCCAACAGCGCAAGCAACAGCGAGUCAACUAAAGUGGGCAUCACCCACGUCGUCUUCAAAGAUGGCAGUAAGCGGACUCUGGAGAAGGUCAGGGAGGCCAACGGAGUGGUCCAGUGCGUGGGUGUGAGCUGGGUGCUGGACUGCGAGCGUGACAACGAGUGGCUUGACGAGUCGCCAUACCAUAUCGACACAAGCUACGUUCCUCGCGGAGGCGCACGCCGCCGGAAGAGCAUGGAACCCAAGACUGUCUCUAACCAGAACGGCUCUGCAGUCAGCGGUUCGCCCAAGGGGAGGCGGGAGUCGGCGCCUCCUGCUUCAUCUUCUCCCAAAACACCCAAUCGUAGGCAGAGCAGCAUCUGGAUCCACACGCCGUCCGAUACUAGCGAGGAGCAGGAGGAGAAGGAAGAAGAGGACAUUGAAUGGUCCAACCUGAUUCUGACCCCUGUGCCCAAGACGCCGGCUCCAGAAGCGCUUAUGAAGUUUGCUACUGAGACACCGUCCAACCUUGAAGACGUGGAUGAAUAUGAGGAUGACGAGAGCCCGUCGUUGAGGAGAGAAGAGUUGAUGACGCGAACCUGUCCACCCAAGGCACAAAGGUUUGUGGAGCUCGGCGGUGGCAUUCUGUCCAGGGACAGUGAUGAGAAUGUGAUGAUGCGGCUGAUGGCUGCUCGGCGCAAGAGUUUGCAGUUUGCGCCCAAGGUGGGCAGUCCCCUGGCCAAGAUGUGGCAGUAGGGGUUGGUAGUAUAUGGCAACAAUGAGCUUGGACAGUCGGUGUAAAUCGAAGUCCCUUCAUUUUUCAGCUGAUAUUUUUUUUUUCUUUGGCUCGGGUCUUGCCCGAUGAUGAACGUUGACGGCUAUUUUCAUGGAUCAUGGGGAAACGGACACACAGAACAGAAAAAACAGACAGACAGAGACGCUUGCAUUGGUUUAGUCACUCACUUUGGAAAAAAAAAAACAAAAGGGGAAAUCUUUAUGACACAAAUAAGGCAAUGAAAUGGGCGAUGAGGCGUUUUGAGGUGUUGAGAUAUCACACAUUGGUAUUGUUUAUAAGGGCGUGGCAAGCGGACAGAUGUUGGAACUCACAAGCCGCCUUUAUUUAGCUGAAGGUCAUGAAUAUAAACAUGAAAAAGUACAUGUAAUUUUACUUGCUCGCUACUAAUCUAGUCGUGACGUGAUUCCCGGUUUGAUCCUUGGCUGGCGGGGAUGAUGUGUUGGUUGAUUCUAAUCGCCUUUUGUGUUGAUUGCUGUAGAUGGUCUAGUAACAGACAAAGCCAAGUCAUUGCUGCAGCCCGUAGUCAUGUCGAAGACUCGAGGUAUCGAAACAUUUGCGAAUCGGUGUGUGUCUUUAGCAAUUGAAGGCCAUAAUAUUCUCCACGCGGCAGUAACAAGUCUUUGUUAAAACAAACCGCAGGGCAACCACUUUUGUAGUUGUAGGUAUUUCUCUUUCUUUAUUUCGUCCAAAGUCGUGGUUUCAGUUACACAUGUAUAUCGUCUUUUUUUCUCUUUCUCUUUUUUCCUUUCCUUCCUUGUUUUUCUUUGUUUUGCUCAUCCUCUCGCUGCAGCCCUCAGCGUAGCAACAGCAUCCCCAUCAUGUGCCUUUAGCAGCUCCGUCGCCCUUGCCUUUGUCACCUCCAGCUCGUCCACCACGAGGGCCACGUCCGCGGCGUCGACCUUGACGUUCUUUUUAACCGCCGCGGGUGCAGCAGCAGCAGCAGCAGCAGAAGCAGUGUUGGCGGCGGGCUUCUUGGCCUUGUCGUCGCCGAGCUUGAGCAUGGCCUGGGAGACGGCCUCGGAGUUGACGUUGUCGUUGGAGGGCGUGGCUGCUGCGUCCGAGGGCGUAUCGAGCGAGGCGAGGGCCGAGGCGGCUUUGCGGUCUUCGGCGUUUUUGGGGAGGGGCGGCUGGUCUGAGGCGUCGGCGGAGGACAUUUUGGUGGGUUGUUGGAUGGUUGGGUUUGUGUUUUUGUUUACUUGAAGUUUGGAGCUUGGGAGAGGAAAAGCAGUUGGUGGUUGAGAAAAGAUACUUGGGUGAUGUACCUUGAGCUUGGGCUUUGGGAGGAGGGGGUCUUUUUAGGAGGGGUAGAUGGAGGUGCUGCUUACAUGGAUGAGAUUUGAUGCAACCCGCCAAGUAUAACAACAAUACUCUCUUCUUGUGUCUUUAACAGGAAUAUAUUCCAAGAGUAUGAAAUAAAAGAGCUCCAAAAGUGUUUCUGCCAAUUCCUGAACGAACUCGUCACUGUUUAGUAGUAUAGGCACAGGCACUCAAAUCAUGUACUAACCUAGUGCUUUUCAGCCUAGCUUAUGACAUGUCCAUAUAGCUCGUCCACUCUAAUAGAACCAAUCUGCUAUAUUUGAUAUUCUUAUCAUCUUCUACUACUUCUAUUUCCAUUUAGAUUCGUCUUUAGCUCAUAAUUAAAGUAUUCUUUGGCCUUGUGCUCUGGUUGGAUCCCUGAUGCUGAGCUUAUGCAACUGAUGCGGGCCUUUUCACUAAAAUGACAACUUGGGCGCUACCAACUCAAUAGCAGAAACGCAAUAAUGAAGGAUUACCCCAGAUAUUGUGUCAUUGUGCCUGUAAGACGUUGAUAGCAUCCUAGAAACAACGUUGGUGGCGGCAGAGUACAAUAGGAUGACUAACCAUUUUGCACGGCAUGUGGCAUCGCCUCUAAUUGGCCAAUGCAAGGAUCAUCGUUCCAAAGAAAAGAAGGAAAAAAAAAAAAUUCUAAAAAAAGGUACGUACUCAAUGACAGCUGCCGUACCAACGAUUUCAAUCCCGAAACCUGGAAUGUCCCACUGACUCAUAUUUCAUAUUAACCGCCCAUCUUUCUGUGUUUUCUCACAGAUCAAUUUACACCAGGGCUUAAAUUUGGGUGCGUGCAUCUGGCGAGUCGUUUUGUUUUUGGCUUCUGAAAAAGUAAUUUGCUGCAAAGACAUCUUCAUCAGACAGGGACCAAGACAGACAGACAGGCCUUUUGG